AUUUUAUAUUAAGACUUUUACACAAAUAACGAUGACGUAGUCCUCUUCAGCGGCGGCCAUAGAAAACCUCGUGGGUCUUCAUUUUUGUUGAUCAGAACUCAGGAUUAAAUAUGAAUCCUGAAAAGUUAAAGCAGCUGCAACAGCAAGUACGCAUAGGAGGAAAGGGUACUGCAAGAAGGAAGAAGAAGGUGGUGCAUCGUACAGCAACAACAGAUGAUAAGAAACUACAAAGCUCAUUGAAGAAACUUUCUGUUAGUAACAUCCCAGGGAUUGAAGAGGUGAACAUGAUCAAGGAUGAUGGUAUGGUCAUCCAUUUCAAUAACCCUAAAGUGCAAGCCUCUCUUGCUGCAAACACAUUUGCAAUCACUGGACAGGCCGAGAACAAACAAAUUGCUGAGAUGCUGCCAGGUAUUCUUAAUCAACUAGGAGCUGAAAGCUUAAGUAGUCUCAAAAAGCUAGCAUCCUCUGUCACGGGUAGUAUGUCAGCAGGCUCUGGCGACAGCAAGCCUGCCACAGAAGACAUUGAUGACGAUGAAGACGGAGUUCCAGAUCUGGUUGGAAACUUUGAUGAGACAUCCAAAGGUGAAUGAGCUAAAAGAUUCAACAUUAAAUGCAUGUUUUCAGACACUACUGGUUUUGUACUAUGAAAGCUGUUGGACUUGUGUGAAGAUCAAAAGUUACCCUGACCCAGUUUUAACGCUUUAUCAACAGACUGACGAUAAAAAUGAAGACAAGGUCGCAAUAGAAAAAAUCAUCACAAGAAAAGUGAUGCUUUUAUUACCUGUCGAAGGAAGAUUGACAGAAUUACGUUAUUGUAUAAUAUUUACUAGAGGAAAACAUUUUAUGGACGCCUUUCAUAAUAAAUCCACUCACUACAGUACUUGGACACCGGACAACAAACAGCUGUUUUUACAAAGAUAUCUUGACCUAUGUCCAAGUAUAAAUAAAGAUUCUUUCUCACAA